CUUCUUCUCUCUCUUCUCUGUUGGACACUGGUGAUGUCGUAGCCCCCGAGGGGUCUGUUUUUGCCUUCAUGUUGUCGACGCUGGUGCGUAGCGGCGCAUUUUCCUACACUGGCUUGCAACGUUCUCCCGUGGAGGGAGUUCGUAGAAAGGUUUUUGUUCCGUAGAGCCGCUUUUAGGGAUUUUUUUCUAAAUUUAUUUCCUACUUUUGCUUGCCGAUUUCAAGGCGCUCCGUGAUUAUGCGCAGCGCGGUGCUGGAAGUGGGAGAUCGGUUCGGUGCGGGUGUCAUGCGAGGGAGGAGGUUGCAUGUGGACGACUUGGUGCGGCGGGAGAAUAACGGACGGGGUAGAUGGUCAUUCAUAGGCAGGAUUAGCAGUUGCGUUAGCCGGGGCGGUGGCUGUGAGGAGGAGGACAGAGAUGGUCGGGGCGGGUUGAGGCAGGUUAUGGCAGCCUUUCGAAAUGUUGGCAGGCGCUAAGCAUGGGACUUGCGCUUCGAGCCUGAGUCCUUGGAUCUUUAUAGAGUCGUAGGUAGGCUGCGGUUAGCGCGAGGGUGGAUUUCCUCCGGCCUUAAUAGGAUAGGCGUUUUAUGGAGGCGAAAGCUGUCACAAGCGGCAUGACUGCGAUGCCACGGCGAUCUCGUGAGCAUCGCUCUACCAAGAACGUUGAGACGAUCCAAGAGGCAUCUGACUCGCAAUUAGAUAUCGCGUCAACUUCCAAGAAUUCCAAGGCAGGUAUUCUUAGUUCCUCAGAUGCAUUACUUCAUCGCAAGGACCUUGGGGACAGUUCAAAUUUGCGGAGGUCCUCCCGCGUAUGUCGGUCAUCUCAGAUGUCCAAAGUAGCAUUCAGUUCGAAGACCCUAGAAGCUCGGGCGAAUGGCGCGAAAGUUCUUAUGCAUGGUGUUUCGGACAUAUCUCCUGCAUCGUCGUCAGGUAAAACGCCUGCAGUAAUUGGUGUCGCGAGCGAGGUGCUGAAGCUCUGGGUGAAUGUUGAAGCCGGUCAGGGGGCCAGUAGUUUGGUUCAACCAUCGCAUGUCGCAAACUCUAAUGAGACAUCUACCCCUCUAGGGUCUGGCUGCACAUCAGAUGCAGCAGGGCAGCCCAAUGGGAGGCCGUUGCGGGGAAGACCGCGCGGAAGGCAUGUCACACCCGCCAAGAAGAUCGCCAGGCGGGCAAAGCGUUUGCAGGAAGUCCCCUUAUCAGAGAGCGAUGGUCCAAGAAUUCUGGGACGGAGAAUUAAAAUCUUUUGGCGUGACGAGAACAGGUGGUUUUAUGGAGUAGUGAAAGCUUACAAUAGGGGAAGGAGGUCUCACAAGAUAGUGUAUGACGAUAAAGAAGAGGAGUGGGUAAAAUUGCAUGAAGAGAUAUUUAAGCUUCAGGUGUUAGAGGGGGAGGUGUUUGGCGAGCAGCAGCAAGCUGCUGCCGCUGCUGCACAGCCUGCGCAAGUAGCGUCCAUCUUUGCGAAGAAUGUUAGCUCUAUAGAAAAGGGGAGGAAUAUGAAUCACCAGGAGUUUUCAAGCGGCGAAAUUGCUGGUUCGGCGAACGGGGGAAUCCAGGCUUCUGCAUUGACAAACAGUACUCAUGUUCCACCCAGCCUUCUGCAAGGAAGUGAGAGCAGCUUGGAAUUGCCGGGGGUUCGCUUUGAUGGGGAGUUCCGUGACCAAGGCUCGAGCAUUAGGGAUGACGCCUUCAAUACGCGAGCAAUUCAGGAAUCUGAAGAUGCUCUCCCGAUGGUGUGUGAAAACGUAGACCCUGAAGACCCUUAUGCAAUUGACCACACGAGUAUUUCAGACUCUUUGGUUAUGUUUAUGAGAUCCAAGCAGAAUCUUGCAGAGUCAAGGAAGGUUCCGGCAACGAGUGGUGUGAUGCCUCCUUCGCAACCUGCAGCUGUGGGUGCAAGCUCAAUAGAGGUAUUUUCUAGCGUGGAACCAGUCGUAGGUAAUGAGGUGAAGGGUCAUUUAGAGACUUCUGAUGUUUCGCCUCCUUCUCCUGAUGCAACUGAAAUUCUCGCUGAUCAUUUGUCAUCUGAGGGAUGCACAACUGAGGAAAGACGAGCGCCUGAAGGGAUCUUCUUUGAGGAUGAGAAGAGUUCUUUUGAUUCUGAGUCACUUGAUAGCGCGAAGGGUGGAGACGUAGAUUCAACUCCCGAAUCUGUGAAGCAAAACUUGCUGGACGCAUGUGAAAGUAGUGAAGUCGGCGGAGUUCCUGGGACUGGCCAAGGGAGGGGUGUAUGUGAGUCUGGCGAGAACUUCGGGCUAAGUAAUGUAGCUUUGAGUUCUACGGAUUUGGUGGUGUGCGUUAGGGGCAAGGAGAAACGUGUGAGUCUUGAGAGCAGAGAGAACCACGGGCAGAAUCCCUGUAGUGAUAUUGUGGAAAUCGGGAACCGAGUGGCCGAGUGCUUUGUUUGUAGAGAAGUUGGUGUAUACUUGGGGGGUAGUGCUUCCAUGAAGGGCCCGGCGUCAAAGAUCAAGUCAGUGCCUAAGUUUUUAGUUGGAAAUAAUUUCUGCGACAUCAGGCAGCUGCGGUCGACGCGGUUGUUAAGAAAUGAGCGGUUCAUUUCGCGGUACAUUGGGACAAAUUUGGUCAAUGUAGAUUGCACAAUAGCCAGGCACCACCUUCCAUCAUGGUGGUCUGAUUUAGGAAAUGUUUGGAGAAUUGUUCCUUACUUGACGCUUUUUGUAGCCGUGGUAUUGGAGAGUGGGUGUUCACAAGAAAAUCCUUGUGCUGCUGAGUUUGGGAUGAAAGGUCCGUCGUCGACAAGGGGUUCACUAUCAGUAUUCAACAUCGGCCAUACAUGUUUCUCUCCUAGUUUAGGAACUGCGAAGCUUGUACUUAAUGGAGCUCGCACUUCCUUGAAUGGCUCUAAUGGUCGGCUGCUGCUGCAGCAAGACCAUGAUUUAGAGGUAUUGAGAGGACACGUUGAGGUAAAUCGUUCGUCUUCUGAGUCGCUUUGUGCAAAAGGUGUUACAUUUUUUGCACAACCUUGCGAACCAGCGUUGGUUGAGCAGCCGUGUGAUCCAGUGCUCGUUGACCAGGCUUGCGAGCCGAUGCUAGUUGAGCGGGCAGCCUUGUCUGUUGUUCGCCCAGUUCUUGAGGACUUAGAUCGUGGAGGUGAAAGGAGUCAUCAAGAGGGGUUUAUAGAAAUAAACGAUGGCAGCUUUCCACGCAAUGAUGAAGUGGUUGCCUUUGAAUCUCACCCAGCAGCACCUCGUACAUAUUGUGCUGAGAAUGACGCCAGGGACACGAUAGUGGGAGUGGAAGCUGGAAGUGCGGGGGGGCUUACUGAAGUACAAAUUGGUAUUGCUGUGGAUGGUGAAGAGGAUAGCACUAUUGCUUGCUGGAGGAGUUGGGCGUCUGUGAAACGGGGCUUCUCGCAAAUUACACCGGAUGAAAUGAGAAGCUAUGGCUUAGGGACCGUGAGUAGGCUGCUUGACAGCGAACUAGGGUCAAUUGCACUUACCAAACGGCAGAAGGUUCAUGUGGAAAGUUUGAGCAGCACUGACUUCGAGAAUGGGAAUGAUGACGGGACGAAGAAUACGUUACUGGUGGGGUGUGAGACGAAUGGUGAUAUGAACAUUAGGAGUGUGGAAACGAAAGACUCUGAUUCGGUACUUCCUCGAGUGAAUGUAUUGAAACUUAGGAAAUGUUCCACCGGUAAGGGUGGCUGGCGUAUAGCUGGGAAUUCCUGCGUGGCAGAUCGUACCGUCAGGCAGUCUGGUGACGGUGGUGAACCUAUGACUCCCUCCUCCACUGCUGACAGGAAAAGGCCUUUUAGUCAAUGUUCUGAGUUCAAUCAAUUAGAGAGUCCGGAGGAGAAUGGCCAUCCUGGGCCCUUUAUCAAAGGAUCCCAUACCAAUGGGCAAGAUACGUUUCAUGCGGAUGGAGCAAAUGAAGUGAAAGUGCCGGUAAAGGGAAUGUGGUCAAACUGUGAAGUCUCUUCGAUAAAUGAUGCGUCCUUCAAUUCCAGGAAGCGUUUCAAGAAUGGAUCUACUAAUUCCGGUUCCAGCGAUGAUUCGUAUGCACCUCAUUUCAGAGCAGAAGAGACGUGUCGCAGCAGGAAUUCAACCGAGCACGUGUAUCCAGAUUCUGUGUGUCACGGAUGCAUAGCAAAUGUUCUCGUUGUGCAAAACGACAGAGGUUGGCGAGAAUAUGGAGCCAGCAUUGAGCUUCAGUCUUGUCACGGUCAAGGUUGGAUGUUGAUCAUCUCUGUUAGAGGAGAAAACAUGUACGCGUAUAAAGCGGAGCAGGCUAUCGUAACUGGAACUACAAACCGACAUAAUCAUGCCAUAGUUUGGAAAGGUGGGAAGGGUUGGAAUUUGGAGUUCGAAGACAAGAAGCAGUGGCAGGUGUUUAAAGAAUUGCAUGAAGAGUGUUACAGGCGGAAUUCUAAAGCAUCUUCUGGACGUCAGAUCCCGAUUCCGGGCGUGAGGCACAUUGAGGACAUCGCACCUAGGAGCCCAGGUUGUCAUUUCAUGCGACCAAACUCUAGAUACAUCUGUAGAGUGGAAGAUGAGGUAGAGAUGGCUUUAGGAAAUAGCAGAGUGAUGUACGAUAUGGAUUCCGAGGAUGAGCAGUGGCUAGAGCAAAUCAACACCGAAAGGGCAAAUGCACGAGGAACUCUUGCGCGUCCGCUGAUCGCGGAAGAAACUUUGGAGAGGCUUCUGGACAAGCUGGAGAAAGAGGCAUACCUGUAUCAGCAGGAACAUAAGGAUAUGAACUUGGAUCCUAGUGAUGUUGCAGCAGAAUCCUGCAAUGGCCUAGCUACACAAGAGGUGAUCAAGGUCAUCUAUAGUUACUGGCUGGAUAAGCGAACCCGGAAAGGCACGCCUUUAGUUCGCCAGUUUCAGCCUCCAGCGUGGGUGCUAUAUCAGAAACAGCUGCAACAAUGGGAGCAGGAGAUAGCAAGGCUGCAGCUACAGCACCCCUCCGCGAGCAUGCAGCAGUUGACUGAGGAUAAGAAAAAGCCGCCCUUGUUUGCUUUCUGCUUGCGACCUCGGGGACUCGAAGCACAGCAUAAGCUAUCUAAGCAGAAGUCGCACAGAAAGCAAGCUUUACCUGGGACUGCACCUCGGCAAUGGGUUGGAUUUGGUAGCAUGGAUGGUUCAUUGCAUAGCCCUCGUGGGAGGCAAUAUUAUACGGAGCCAGCACAUGGGUUGCUUCCUGCUCCAAGAAGACCUGGCCGUCCACGCCUAACGGAAGAAGUGGGAGCGAACUUAAAUGGCUCCUUCAAUGCUAUUAUGAGAGAACCGGCUACCCUUUCAGGAGCGAUGUCAUCCAUGCAGCUCCGAAAUGAAGCCUUUAAUGAAUAUGCUCAUAGAAGAGCUGGGAAGAACAAAAAGGUUGGCCGCAAAGCUCGUCGCCAGCGGCUAUUAGCCGCUGCUCAAGAGUCUCGGCGCAAACGUUUGCUUAUGCGCAGUGUGGGUUCAGGGGAAUUACACCGGCAACCAGACUUGGCUCUGGCUGCAGCAAGAGCGCGUAGCACUGCAGAAGCUGCUCGAGCACGGGCUCAAGCACUUUAUGCAGUAGCGGAUGCAGCCAUGCACAAGGCUGUUGCAGCAGUUAUAGCUGCAGAUGCUUUGCAUGCAGCAGAGCUUCAUGAGAAUACAGAAGAAGAGGAACUACCAUCAAAGAACCGCAACUUGGCAGUAGUACCGACUUAUGGUUCCUGGCGUCGAGCAGUUCCAGGUUCUGUUUUGGGAGGUUUGGGCGCAAAGGGAAUCGUCAACCGACAAGUACUAGAAAGUGAUGGGGAGGACGCGCUCCUGCCCGUUGCAAGCUGGAGUCAAGAGUUGGGUGCGGGUCUUGGUACAAGGUUGUUGAACAAGGAUGCCCGGGUGGAAGAUAUUAUCAGCACGCGGAGUGUGCACGCAAGGAGCCCUUCUAUUAAUGUAGGGUUGGGUAGGACUAGAGGAGAGAGCACGGUGGCCAUGCUGACUAGGUAGUGUGAUUGGCUAGGUGACAAUUUUGUUCACUGACUAAUUAGGCAGCAGCGAAAAUGCGAGGUGGGAAUGAAACGUAAUGAUGGAAUGACAAUUAUGGACCUUUCGUUGUUUGUAGCUGAAGCUGUAUUGUAACAUGUUGUACAGGACUGCAGGUUUAUUUAUUGCCGCUCUGGGUUUCAGUUGUGCUUCAGGGAGGAAACUCUUUUAUGAUCGUCAA